AUGUCCGAAUAGUAGGUAGGUUAAGUAUGAAUAUAUUUAAAUUCAUUAGGAAUAAUUGGAUGUAACAGCUAUGAUGGAAGAUUUGUAUGAAAAACUAAUUUUAUUGAAUUAUGAAUAAAGUUAUAUAAAACAAAAGUAAGAUUACAAAUUUGAAUAAUUAGAGGUGGAAAACCAUUGAAUAGAGCAUACUUUGUCAAUCAAACUAAUUCAAGUGAAUAAUUCAGUUAAUUUAAAACGUAUAGUAUGUUAAUUCUAAUUAGAUUGGCCAAAUGGUUGUUUUCUUAGAAUGAUGUACAAACUACUGAUUUUAAUAAAUUAGAUGAUCCUGUAACAUUAUCUUAAAAUAUAUGUAUAUUCUUAUUAUAUAGAAAUAGUAAAUGAAGUCAAAAAUAUUGGAAUCGAUGUAGAUUUUCCACCUCUUAAAUUAAAAUAAGGUUUUGGAGAAUAUGUUGUUUAUGUCUUAUAGCAAUUAGCUAGCAAAGCUUUAUAAAAAAAGAAGUUUUAAUUUAAAAAAGUCAGAAUUGAAUAACAAUCAUAGACGUAAGUGUAUAUAUGUUAACUAAAAGUAGAUAAGAAGAAGAGCCUGUUUAAGAAACUGGAAGUGUUUCAUCAGAUUCUGAUCCUGAAGUGGCAUCAGAUGAAGAACCAGAAGAUGUUUUUAAUGAAUAGGGAUUUUAAAAAGAGUAAUUAAGCUAUUAAUACGAAGUGAAGAGAGGAUGGUGAUAGAAUCUAAUGUAAAUCCAUAAGAAUGGGCCAAGGAAGUUGAGAGAGCUUCAUAAAAGAUGAAGAUAGUAAUAAAACCUAAUGCUGGAGAAUGGAGAUAACAUUUUGAUGCUACUAAAUAAUAUUCAUCAUAAGUUAAAGCAAUUUUACCAGAAGCUAGAAUUAAAUUAGAAAGGUUGACUGAUGAAUUAUCUGAAAUUUUAGAUAGAAUUAGUAAAAGAGAAUAUAAUAUAAAUGAAAAUAUGCAUGAUAUGGUAUAUAUUGAAAUUAAAUAUAAAAGGGAAGUGAAUACAAAAAGAAAAAUGAAGAAGUUAAAAGGAUUGAAUUAUAAUGCAAGAAUUAUACAAAUGCAAUCAAAGAAAUGGGUGAUUAAUACAAAUAAAUAUCAGAAAAGUAUGAAACUGUACAAAAUAAAUUAAAUGAACAUGGUAAUAUUUCUACUGAUUAAUCUCCUGUUAUUAGAAUUAAGGCUGCUUUAACUAAAAUUAGAGUAAUACUUAAUUUAAAUUUAUUUUUAGUUAGAAAUUAAAUAAAUGGAUCUCAGAAUUGGAGUAUUAUCACAUAAUAUUCUAUAAAGAACAUAUAAUGAAUCUAAAGCAAUGUAAGAAAGAGAUUUUAAUGAAAAUGGACUUAUAUUAAAUGAUUCAGACGAGUUAACAGAUUGA